AUGGAUUUGAAGAAGUUGCGCAGACCAGAUCUGAAUCUUUUGAGUAAAGAAUUGGGGCUCGAUUUGGGGGGAGUCCAGAGAAAACCUCUCAUAAUCGAGGCUAUUCGGGCGAGUGGUGCCGACGACGUGGAGCUUCGGGAGUGCUGGGAGCUAAUCGAGGAAAGGAUUAAGAAAGAGGAGGAAAGAGUUAAGAAAGAGGAGGAAAGACAAGAAAGGGAGAUCGCAGAAGGAGAGAGAGAGCGUCUUUAUUGCAGAGAAUCAGAGGAAAGGGAGCUGGAACGGAAAACGUUAGAGCUUCAGAUAGCUCACGUGGAGGCAGAGCGUGCAGGCCCAGAGACACAGAGUUUUAGGGUGUGUCAGGCUACACCGCGGCUGAAAAUGAAAGAUCUCCUACAGCCCUUUAAAGUUAAAGAAGACAUUGGCUUGUUUCUUGUAAAUUUCGAAAGAACAUGUGAGAAGAUGGACUAUUCGCGCGACACCUGGCCGCUAUGGCUCUUGACAGUUCUGCCGUGCGAGGCCGCCGACGCGGUGGCUCGGCUGGAAAGAGCGGAGGCAGACGAUUAUGACAAGGUCCAAUCGGCUCUCCUGAAGAAGUACCGCCUUUCCGCCGACGCCUUCCGUCGCCGAUUUCGCACUGAGAGAAAAAAGUCGGAUGAGUCCUUCUCCGAAUUCGCUUACAACCUGAAAUCCAAUCUCGUAGAGUGGCUGAAAGGAGAGGAAGCUUUGGGAGACCACGGCAAGGUGGUCGAGUGUAUCGGUCUCGAACAGUUUUAUAACUGCUUGACGGAGGAAACCCGCCUGUGGGUGCAGGACAGACCAGGGGUUAAAACGUUGGAGCGAGCCGCCGAUCUGGCAGAAGAAUUCGCUUUAAGGCGCGAUGCUGAGAGAAGCCGGGUUUGUCUCGGGGCAAACGCAGGCGGGGAGCCUUCCAAGAAAGUUGGUGCGCACGGAAAAGAAAAUGCCCAGUCGCAAGGACAAAAGAGUGAGAAAAGUGGGGAGAUGUCCGAUAAGAAAGAGAGCGAAGGGAGGACAAAUUUUGGGAAAAAGAGGGCGUUCGAAGCAAGAAAACCUUUAGUCUGUUUUUGCUGUCAGGAGCGUGGACAUAUCAGUGCGGGUUGCCGAAAACCGAAAGUGGUUUUUUCCUUCGUUGAUGACGAUGACGAGAACGCGCGCCUUCUCGAGCCCUACCUCCAUGACUUGCUUGUUAAUGUUAAAGCAUGCAGAGUUCUCAGAGAUUCUGCGGCGACGAUGGAUACCAUUAGAUCUGAGUACGUCGGAGAGAAUGAUUUCACUGGAGAGUGCGCCUGGAUUAGUCAGGUCGUGGAGGAGAGCAGUGUCUGCCUGCCUAUCGCGCGUGUCAAGGUAGAGGGGGCCGUUCGGGAUGUUGUGCACAGAGGCAGCGGUGUCGCAAAACCUUUCCAAGAGGUAUCCCUAUUUGUUUUCCAACCGGUCAGAUCGAAUGCUGAGAGACAAGGGUUUGAAAUUUUGCGAGGGAACCGUCCAUGCACUUACCCGAUCCAAGGUUCGUGA